AUGCUUAGGUCCGGCCUUGGUAACCUCAAGAGGACGUGGUCCGGCAACCAGCACGACCUCGGCGAGCCCGCCGCCACAUCAAAGCCCCUCGAGACCGCCUCGAGCCAGGAAAUCUUCUACGAAUGGUCUGACACGCCGUCGCCACCCGGCUCGCCGCGUGCAAAGAAACUGCUGUCUGCGAAUAGCGGAGCAGAGCCAGAGGCCAAGCGGCGCAAGAGCGAUGAGGGAUCUGCAGGCGCCGCCGCGCCGCCACAGAGGAGCGGAUUCGUCUCGGCCUCGGACCUGGUGUCCGGCAGGGUGCAGAGCCUGCCGUCGACGCUCGGCCGUCCGGCAAACGAUCCGCAGCGCAACUUCAACAAGAGCACGCAGCCGCAGAACCAGCCCAUUCCCAGCUCCAGCAGCAAGUCGUUCCAGUCGUACCAGCGGCCAUCGCCGUCGUCGGACCUGGCGGCCAACUUUGCGCGCGCCCGGAGUGGCCCUCUGGCUGGCUCAAACCAGGCCAACGUGCUGUCGUCGUCGGGCACCAGCGGCGGCGCUUCGUACCUCAAGUCGGCCGCGCAGCUCAAAGAGGAGCGUCGGUCGGCCGGCUCAGUCAUGGAGGCUCCGGCGUUUGGCCAGCGGCCCAAGGUGCCCAGCAAGGUCUUCCUCUCGGCCGAGCAGCGCGCGGUGCUCGACAUGGUGGUGCGGGAGCGCAAGAACGUCUUCUUCACGGGCUCGGCUGGUACGGGAAAGUCGGUGCUGCUUCGCGAGAUCAUCCGCGAGCUCAAGCAGGUGCACAGCAAGAAGCAGGACGCCGUCGCCGUCACGGCCUCGACGGGCAUCGCCGCGUGCAACAUCGGCGGCGUGACGCUGCACAGCUUCAGCGGCAUCGGCCUGGGCAAGGAGCCUGUGGCGCAGCUGGUGACCAAGAUCCGGCGCAACCGCAAGGCCAACUCGCGCUGGCUGCGGACGCAGGUGCUGAUCAUGGACGAGGUGUCGAUGGUCGACCCGGACCUCUUUGACAAGCUCGAAGAGGUGGCGCGGGUGGUGCGCAAGAGCAACAAGCCGUUUGGCGGGCUGCAGGUCGUCAUCACGGGCGACUUCUUCCAGCUGCCCCCGGUCAACCCAGGCGGCGGCAUGACGUUCGCCUUUGAGGCCAAGAGCUGGGACAGCGUGGUGGCGCACCAGGUCAACCUGACGAAGGUCUUCCGACAGAAGGACUCGAGGUUCGUCACGAUGCUCAACGAGAUGCGCUUCGGCCAGCUGUCGCCCGCCACGAUCAAGGCCUUCAAGUCGCUGGAGCGCGUGCCGGUCUACGACGAGGGCAUCGUCCCCACGGAGCUCUUUCCGCGGCGCGAGGAGGUCGACCGCGCCAACCUCGAACGGCUGCAGGCGCUGCCGAGCAAGGCCGAGACCUUCCCGGCGACCGACGGCGGCUCGCUCGAGAGGGACGGGCGCGAGCGGGUGCUGCAGAACUUUAUCGCGCUCAAGAGCCUCACGCUCAAGGUCGGAGCGCAGGUCAUGCUGAUCAAGAACGUCGACGAGACGCUCGUCAACGGCUCGGUCGGCCUGGUGCUCGACUUUGUCGACGAGCGCGAGUACGUCGAGCGCGGGCUGGGGCGCAUCGACGAAAAGGACGAGGGCAACAAGCUCAACGCCCUCAACCGCGCGUCGCAGCGCAAGUGGCCGCUGGUGCGCUUCCGGCUGCCCAACGACAGCGGCUUCCGCGACUACCUCGCCAAGCCCGAGAGCUGGAAAAACGAGCUGCCGACGGGCGAGAUCCAGGCGUCGCGGACCCAGGUGCCCCUCAUCCUGGCGUGGGCCAUGUCGAUCCACAAGUCGCAGGGCCAGACGCUCCAGUGCUGCCGCAUCAACCUCAACCGCGUCUUUGAAAAGGGCCAGGCCUACGUCGCCCUUUCGCGUGCCACGUCGCUCGAGGGCCUCCAGGUGAUGGGCUUCAACCCGGCCAAGGUCAUGGCCCACCCCAAGGUCAUCCAGUGGAGCCGAUCGCUGCUGGCGCUGCAGCAGGGGUCGGCCGCCUAG